UCCAGUCCGAGACCAACUGACCCCGACGAAACAGGAAGUGAUACAGGGUACCCGCUUCCGGAUUUACUCUUGAUAAAUCCCCUCCGUCACCAUGCAAGCUCUCGGUAUGAUUCUCAAUGGCUCCGCGCCGCAAAUCCGUGGCUUGGGCGAGCGAGUCGCUGACGACUCUAGCAGUCCCUAAACAUCGAAGGCCCAAAUUCGACCUAUACUUGAAGAUUAUCGAUCUGAACAACGUCCCUCUCGUCUCUGGAAACUCCUUUGUGAAAUGGCAUCUACCUGCCUCGACUUCCGCCGAACAUCGUGGUCGAACCGAACGAAGGGUGAUUAAAGAGCAUAAAGUUACCUACGACUUUGAGAAGCACAUUCCGGUUCGACUUACGAUUCAGAACAAGUCGAAGAUACUUGAAGAGUCAUGGAUACAUUUUGAGGUUAUUCAAGAGUAUGCAUCAGGGGGGAAGAAUGAGAGGAUCAUACUUGGAAAGGUGGAUUUGAACCUUUCCGAGUAUGUGGAAGCAAGUGAACGGGAGGCGGAUGAGAAUGAGGGUAUUGUCAGGAGGUAUCUCAUGCAAGAGAGCAAGAUUAACAGUACUGUGAAGAUUGGAAUUUACAUGAAGCAAGUCGAUGGAGACAGGGACUUUAUAGCUCCUUCUCUACGAACCGCUCAAGUCUUUGGAGGAAUUGCUGGUAUCAUUGCUGGCGAACAGGUGGAAACGGAUGAUUCUGGUCACAAUCCCGCCAUCAGCAAAACCACGCGAGAAAACGGAGAGCUACAAGACAUGUAUCGUCGCAACGAAAUCGCCUUUUGGACCGCCCAAGCUGGAGAGCUACGAGCCGACGAAUGCAUAGAAGAUAUCUUCAGUGGUGGAGACGGCUGGGGGAAUCCUGAUCAGAAAUCAAAUGACCGUUUGGUUGCAGAUGGUACGGAUUUGAGUGACGGUCCUCGAUCACCUCGAGGAGGUUGGCACAAAAGUCACAACAGUCGAGGAAGCAACAAGUCACAGGAUGCAUUGAAGAUGAAGUUGAAGGAUGGUCAUACUCGAGGACACAGUCAUACGAAUAGUGGUGGGGCGGUACGAGGAAGGGCGAGUUUGGAGCAACAGGCACAUCAGAUGAAGGCGGAAGCUCAGUUUGCACGGCGACCGGCGUAUGAGAUUGAUGAGCUAGACAUCAGGGAUGACUUGAGAAGUUGGAGUCUGCCAGAGUAUUGUUAGUAGAUUGUCAGGAUCGCCGAAUUGCCGGCAGAAUCGAGCGGUUGUCAACGCGGCACCAAAAGUUCCGGCA